UGAGAACCGUGAUUGGCUGGCGAACAUCCUCCUAACUAACCUUUUUUCCGGGCCAAUUUCGCUCAGCUUUUGACCGCGUUGCAGUCCGCGUGUGAUGCGAGUGUCUCCGUCUCUGCCGCCAUUUCCGAUGCCGGUGGUUAGACUAGUAGGUGGCUGCAUUGGAAGAAAGAGAGCUCGAGUUGCAAGAGAAAGGCCGCUUCGAUUUUGUUUCUAUUGCCAUCUUAUUAGAAGUGAAACUGGCGAGAGGUCCACAACACAAGAGCCUUGAGGAGCUUCCUUCCUACUAGCAACAAAAGCAAGAAGAAGAAGAAGGCAUCCAAUCAAUCGAGAAGGAAGAUGACACGCUUUUCGAGAAAAGACGGCGGCAACCCUACCAAUGGUCUUCGCUACGUGUGGUUGAUCAUGACUGGUCUAUUGUGUGGUUUGACAACCUUUAUUGUGUACGAUCGUCUGCACCACUCCUACGAAGUCUCGCAAAGCUUGAUGGUGGUUUCGAUUGAGACCAUGAAUGUGGUGACCCCUCCACAAGAACAUCACAUGCAGCAUUUGCAAACGCUACAACAAGAACAGCUGGAGAAGCAGAGAGAAGUUCAGCAAGAGAGAGAAGUGAUGGAAGAGCAUGACACAGCAGCCGAGGUGGCGCCUGAAUUAAAGCCAAAGAAGAAGAAGAAAAAGAAACAGACAAAAAAGAAACAAGAGAGACAAGAGGUCGUCCUGAAAAAUGCACAAUCUACUACUCCACCAGCCACAGCUCAAUCUACUGAUAUGAUAAUAACGCAACAACAACGACAGGAAGAACAAGACCAACACCGCGACCUUGUCACGACAGGUCCCAAACAAAUCCAGCCGCCCAAACUGUCGCCAGAAGAUCAAAAACUAAAGGCCGCUGUUGUGCGACAUUUGGAAGAAUCCGAAGUCUCCUCCAGCGAUCACCCUCAUGCCCAUACAGUCUACUUUUUGAAUCAAACCCAAGUCACCCAAAAGGACUCCUUCAGUGCUAGUUGGAUCAUGGCCAAGAAAGACUUCCUCGACAUGAAUUUGGAUCCUGUCAAAAUGUGUGAAGAUGCCGCCUUCAAGGCAUGGAAUACCCGCCGCCACAAAUUGCGCAUGCCAUUGGAUUAUUUCGAUUGGUCUGUUGAACACUUGUCUAAAUGGUGGAAGGUACUGGAUUACGAUUACAAGGAAGCUCCUGUCUGGGAUUCGGUCAUUGGAAAAUUGGCCCAGUAUAUUGAAAAUGGCGCCACCGACUAUCCCACCACCUCGGAUCCACCAAUCUUCUCGGAAACCAUUGCCACAAUUGCCUUUCAACCCUACAAGGCACCUGGGAAUCCCAAACGAAAGCAGGACGAACAGCACGCCCGUGCCUACAAUUUGACCAUAGUGUCUCUGGCAGCAACCAUUGAAUCCUUGCGCCGUGCGGAAAUGGGCCGUGUUGUGGUGGUUGGAUCAGAAUCCAAACAUUACAAUUACACCAUGGAUGCUCUGCACUAUAUGCAACAACACUUGCACAUUCCACACUCCUCUCCCAAUAGUGUGGGACAUUUGGAAGUGGCCUAUGUGUCAUUUGACAAGGCAUCUGCCAAGACCAAAAUCAUGGAACGCAACAUGCCACGAGCUUGUUUGGUAGGUGCUCGCAAGGCUUUUUUGGCAGCAGAUGCAACCACCAAAACAGAAGAGGAUACACAGCACUUGAACGACUGGUUUGGCACAACAAGAGAUCCAUCACAUUGGAAAUAUCUCUAUUUGACUGAACCCGAUUCCAUCUUGACCACUCGUGCCACUUCCUUGCCACAAAUCAAGGAAGAAAUGGAUCUCCGAGGUGGCAUUAUUGCUCCCAUGCGGUUACAACCCAUCCCACAUGAAUCGGAUGUCGGAGAAGGGUUCCAAUACGGGGAUCGAUAUUUGCAUGAAAACGAAGGCUUCCAAGUCAUGGAAUUGGACCACUACGAACAACAGCACGAUGUCUGUUGCGAUCAUUAUCAAGGGCAGGAUAUACGACCGGGACUGAGUGAUUUUCCGGGAUGUGGACAUCGCAAAUGGUUCCUUUGUGGACUGGAUCAAAAGUUUCGGGAGGUACAAGAUCCUCAUGAACGAUUACGACCCUAUCAGCUCUUUCGUCUCAAACGAGGGACAGGCAUCACCACCAUUGCAGGCAAUCUCUUCGCACGACGGUGCUUUCCAGGACAAGCGUCGGUAUGCGAGCCUCCGCAUGUGCAUGCAUAGAUAGCUAGCUACAGGAAACGACAGGGGGGAAUGAGGAUUCGAAUCGAAGGCCGACUAUUUAAAGCUAGAUAAACCAAUUCUAUAGAUUUCAUCAACAAGC